AAAAAAAGUAGGGGUUGGGGAUUUAGCUCAGCGGUAGAGCGCUUGCCUAGCGAGCACAAGGCCCUGGGUUCGGUCCCCAGCUCCGAAAAAAAAGAAAAGGAAAAAAAAAAAAAGUAGUGGGAAUUACAGUUGCCGUCACCCAGCCUGGGUUCUUUGUACGCCCUGGUGAGUUAGCCUGAAGCUUAGGAAACAUAUUUCAAUGUGUUAUGCUGACCCUUGGACACAUUUAUCAUGAUAUUGUGAGUUUUCUGUGAUCUCUACUAGGUCUGUGUUUGGGAUUUGGGGUUGGUGUGCCCUUCUCUCGGGAAAAAUAUGUUUCUGUAGCUGUGUCUUACUGAAGGAGAAGCGCGGCCCAAAUAGGAUCUCUGGCUGAGAACGCCUGUCUCUUAGAGGGGUCCAAACUUGGGACUCAUUGGCUCAGUAGAAGUAAAUGACAGAGCCUGGGCCAAUCAGUGAAGGCACUAAUACUACCGCUUCCUGUCUGGAUAUCAGUCCUAAGCUUGUUCAGUAGGAACCGCCUCCUUCCUUGUUCAAAGGGAAUGGAAGGAGUCAGGAUUUGGUCUGUGCCCACCGUUCCCCUCGGAUCUUCCUGAGUAUUCAGUGGUUCCAACCGCGUCCACUGUCGGCGCCCAUCGGAGACUUCGGCACACUGUCCGGAGCAGCCCGAAUUGGCUUGGCAAAGGGCAGAUAACGCGGCUGCAGCCCCUUGAAGGCGAGAUUCGCCAGUGUUCCUGAGGUGUCCUGUUCGUGAGACUCUCCUUGGGUUGUAGCCUUAAUCUUGCACCCCAGCCAAGUGGCCGCCACCCACAGAGGCCUCAACCUGAACAUGGCCGAGAAACGGCAAGGAGCCUGGUUCGGCUUUGGUUUCUGUGGCUUUGGGCAAGCGCUGGGCUCUGGGAACGGCCAACAUGCAGUGCACAGUCCUGAACCACUGCAUGCUGCUGACGAUGUUUGCCAAGUGAGCGCAAGCUGGAGCUACACUGCCCUGGUGACUCGCGGAGGCCGGGUGGAACUGUCAGGCUCUGUGAGCUGUGCAGCAGACGGCUGCAGGGAUGUGUGGGCGUCGGAGGGACUCCUGGUGGUGCAGCGCAACAAGAGUGGGUCCGGCACGGAACUGCAGGCCUGGGUACCAGGUUCCGCGCUACAGGGGGAGCCCCUUUGGGUCCAGAACUUAGCUUCUGGGGCAAAGGCCCAAGGGGAAGAUGAACCCGGCAGUGAGCCUAGGAUGGGGACGCUGCCGUUGCUGCCCUGCGCCCGUGCCUAUAUGACCCCACAGCCUCCCUUCUGCCAGCCUCUGGCCCCAGAGCUGCGGGUGCGCCAGCUGCAGCUGGGUGCGGAGCACGCGCUGCUGCUGUGCGAAGCUGGCCAGGUGUUCUCCUGGGGCGGGGGCAGGCAUGGACAGCUGGGUCACGGGUCGCUGGAGGCAGAACUAGAGCCAAGGCUGUUGGAGGCACUGCAAGGCCUACGGAUGGCUGAGGUGGCCGCAGGUGGCUGGCACUCUGUGUGUGUGAGUGAAACUGGGGAUAUUUAUAUCUGGGGUUGGAAUGAGUCAGGGCAGCUGGCCUUGCCCACAAGGAGCGGGACAGAGAAGAAAACAGUGAGAGAGGAAGCCACAGAAUUGAAUGACGAUGGUCUCAGAGGAGAGGAAGCAGCUCUGGCUGAUGUUGGAGCUCCUGCCCACUUCAUAGCUAUCCAGCCCUUCCCAGCUCUCCUGGAUCUUCCCCUGGGCUCAGAUGCAGUCAAGGCCAGUUGUGGAUCCCGACACACAGCUGUGGUGACACGAACAGGAGAACUCUAUACCUGGGGCUGGGGUAAAUAUGGACAGCUUGGCCACAAGGACAGCACCAGCUCGGACCAGCCCUGCCGUGUGGAAUACUUUGUAGAAAGACAACUUGAAGUAAGGGCUGUUACAUGUGGACCCUGGAAUACCUAUGUCUAUGCAGUGGAGAGAGAGAACAUCUGAACUAUAUCUCAGGUGGAUCCCCAGGCUGCUUAUGUACCUGGGUGAGAAUGAACUCUUGCUUCAACAUGCUGUCCUGGGUGCAUGGAAACAAGGCCACAGCGAUCUCCCCGCCUCCUCAGUGCUGGGAUUAAAGGUGCAUGCAGACUUAAGAAUGUGUGUCUAGGGGUUGGGGAUUUAGCUCAGUGGUAGAGCACUUGCCUAGCAAGAGCAAGGCCCUGGGUUCGGUCCCCAGCUCCGGGAAAAAAAAAGAAAAGGAAAAAAAAAAAAAAGAAUGUGUGUCUAACUGCUUAUUUCUGGAGUAGUGCCAGGGAUCCAUGUGCAUCAACAGCUUAGCUAUACCACCCAGAGGCUUAAACCUGAGAAAAUAUUCCCAAAUGAAAAUAAAGAGUAAAUCCAAACUA